CAAACUAGAGUCACACUUGCAAGGAUACAACGGUGAGAAAGCCUACCUGUGUGAUGACCCUGACUUCUCUACAUCUGAUUCUGACAAAUCUAGUCAGUCCCGUCAUGCAGGAGACCCUCACAAGUGUGGCUAUACUGCAGUAGAAAAAGCUGACUUGGACUUGCACAUGGUUAAACACACUUGUGAAAAAGCUACCACAUCUUCCCCAUACCUUCAAAGUGUAUAUGAACCACACCUGUGUGAUGAUGUUGAUUAUGCUACAGAUAAAGAAGCCACCCUACAGUCACACUUGAAAGGAUACAAUAGUGAGAAAGCCUACCUGUUUGAUGACCCUGACUUCUCUACAUCUGACAAGUCUAUUCACUCCCUACAUACAGAAGACUCUCACAAGUGUCGCCUGUGUGACUAUGCUGCAGUGGAAAAAGCUGACUUUGCCUUGCACAUGAUUAAGCACACCGGUGAGGAAAGCAACUUGUCUCAAGCAUGCAGAUAUGGGGAAGCCCUGUCAAAACAUCUAGUACAGAAUGAUGAAGAGCUGUGCAAAUGCGACCUAUGUGAAUAUUCUGCAGUCUAUAAAGAUAGUCUGGAGAAGCACAUGCUUAUUCACACUAAUGAGAAGCCCUACAUGUGUGGAGACUGUGACUUCAGGACAGCUUCCAGGGCCAACCUGUCUGCACAUAUGAAGAUUCAUACAGGAGAGAAACCUCACAAGUGUAACCUGUGUGACUAUACUGCUCUGAGGAAACACAGCCUGGUCAUGCACAUGACUAAACACACUGGUGAGAGACGCUAUGAGUGUGACACGUGUGGACAUAGAGCAUUUACCUCGGCAGCACUGUCCAAACAUCAAAAGAUACAUAGUAAAGACAAGCCCUACAAAUGUGACCAAUGUGAAUAUUCGACAGUCUUAAGUGCUAAUCUGGCUCAACACAUGAUUAAGCACACUGGUGAGAAACCCUACAUGUGUAGUGAGUGUGGAUUUUGUACAGCUUACCAAUCCAACCUGUCUGCACAUAUGAAGAGGCAUAGAGGAGAAAAACCUCACAAGUGUAACAUGUGUGACUAUGCUGCUCUUAAGAAAGGCAGCUUAGACUUGCACAUGACUAAACACACUGGUGAGAGACACUAUGAAUGUGACACGUGUGGACAUAGAGCAUUUACUUCGGCAGACCUUUCAAAACAUCUAAAGAUACAUAGUAAAGACAAGCCCUACAAAUGUGACCAAUGUGAAUAUACAACAGUGUUACGUGCAAGCCUGGCUGAACACAUGCUUAAACACACUGGUGAGAAACCCUACAUGUGUAGUGAGUGUGGAUUUUGUACAGCUUACCAAUCCAACAUGUCUGCACAUAUGAAGAGGCAUAGAGGAGAAAAACCUCACAAGUGUAACCAGUGUGACUAUGCUGCUCUUAAGAAAGGCAAUCUUAAAGCACACAUGCUUAAACACAAUAGUGGAAGAUCCUGGAACUGUGAAGUAUGUGGAUUGAAUAUGUCUACAAGGACAGCCUUGUUACAACAUCUCAAGAAACAUAAAGAAGAGAACCCAGCAGACUAUGGCCAAUUUGAGGACAAAGCAAGUAAGUCCAGCAGUUACAUGGAUGAACCAAAUGAUAAGAAACUCUCCUUGGCUGGUGAGAGUGAGACGGCUACCAUGUCUUCCCCAUCACUUCAAAGUGUGGACAAAUCUCAUGACUGUGAUGAUGAUGAUUAUGCUACAAUUGAAGAAUCCAACUUAGAGUCACUUUUGCACGAAAACAGUAGUGACAAAGACCAACAUCUAGUACACACUGAUGAAGGGCUUUACAGAUGCGCCCAGUGUGAAUAUGUUGCUGUAUAUAAAAGUAGACUGGACAAGCACAUGCUUACACACACUGGUGAGAAACCCUACAUGUGUGGAGAGUGCGGAUUCCGUACACUUUACAAGUCCAGUCUGACUGAACAUAUGAAGAGGCAUAUUGGAGAAAAACCUCACAAGUGUAACCUGUGUGACUAUGCUUCUCUGCGGAAGGCCCAUCUGGACUUACACAUGGCAAAACACAGUGGUGAGAAACCCUACUCAUGUGAGGUAUGUGGAUAUAGAGCAUCUUCUAGGCAGUACAUUGUAGAACACGUGAAAAUACACAGCAAAGAAAAGCCACACAAAUGUGACCAAUGUGAAUAUACUGCAGUCUGUAAAAGUAGUCUUCGCAGUCACAUGCGAAAACACACUGAUGAAAAACCCUACAUGUGUGGACAUUGUGACUUCAGGACAAAGUUCAAGUCCAACCUGUCUACACAUAUGAAGAGGCAUAUAGGAGACAAACCUCACAAGUGUAACCAGUGUGACUUUGCUGCUGUACAGAAAGCCCACCUGGACUUACAUAUGGCAAAACACGGUGAGAAACCCUAUUCGUGUGAGAUAUGUGGAUAUAGAGCAUAUUCUAGGCUGUACAUAUCGCGGCAUGUGAAAAUACACAGGAAGGAAAAGCCACACAAAUGUGACCAAUGUGAAUAUGCUGCAGUCUGUAAGAGUAAUCUUCGCAGUCACAUGCUUAAACACACUGGGGAGAAACCCUACAUGUGUGGAGAAUGUGGCUACAGGACAAAUUUCAGGUCCAACCUGGCUACACAUAUGAAGAGACAUACAGUAUAAGAGACAUGCCUUACAGAUGUGACCAGUGUAACUGAUGGUGCUCGACAGAAUGCUCACCGGGACUUACACAUCGCAAAACAAUGUGGACAUAGAACUUCUCCCUCAGUAAGCCUUGCAAAAUAUGUCGAGAUACAAAGUAAAGAAAGGUGAUGUGACCAAUGUGAGUUUGCUACAGUGCAAACCUGACUCACCAAUUGCUCAAACACACUGGCAAGAAACCCCUACAUGUGUAGAGAGUGUGAAUUUUGUACCAAGCUCUGCCUAUCAAGUCCAACUGUGGCAAAUGGACAGGAAAAAACAUGUGUAGCCAGUGUGACUUCCUGCACAUGCUAGACACUGGUAAAAGGUCCUGGAAGUAAGAAAUAUGCAGACUAGAUACUUGUUAGUGCCAUUUUCAGCAUAUAGGAGGAAACAAACUCACAAGUGUGACUAUGUUGCUCAGAAGACAGCUCAACUGGACGUAUGCAUGUGCCAGCACAAUAGUGACAGACCCUAAGUACAUGUACAUGCCCAUGUGGAUAUGUACAGGUCAACAGCCUAUUGAGAAUGGCAUCUCAAAGAAAACAUGAGUAAACAAUUGAAAAUAGACCAUAUAAUAGUUGAUAGUAGAUGCAAAGGAGUGAAAGACUUUCAAAGAUGUUAUUUAGUAAGAUGCCAUCUUCAUUAAAGCAUGCAGUAUUCUGGACUCAAUAUGACUACUCCAUGAUGAGAAAAGUGUAUGUGAUAACUUUGCUUGCUGUAUGUUUGUUUCAUUGCAAUUUAACCAGUAAAAAAUGCAGGUAAAAUAUAUUCCUUACAUAGGAUUAUAAUGAGGUGGAACUGGGAUGAGAGUAACAUUUUAGAUCCUUUGAAGUAAAAAUGUAUGUCCUCAACAAUGCAUAGAUACAGAGAAGGGGGGGGGGGUAUUUAAGAGCAUUGUAGACACUCAAAAUGCAUUGUUCUUUAGGGUUGUGGAUAUGACUCCAAUACUAUCUCUCAGGAAUAAUAAGACGUACUGGUGUAUUGAGGCAACAGGCAAAAGAGAUAGAUAGUAUUACAGUUAUAACAGAAUUUUUGGAGUUAAUGACACUAUUGUGAGCACAAAUAUAACGUGUUAGUACAUGUAUUGUUAACCAUUGAUACAAGUACCUCAACUAAAACUCGAUUGACCUAUUAACUAUUUAUGCCUAUUUAUUGUUCUCUGCCACAUUAGGAUGGCAUACUUAACUUAUUAAUCAAAACUAACACUAUUUAAGUUAUAACCUACUUUUACAAUUGACUUCUCAUAUGUUACCAUAUUGUCAAUUAAUACCAAUCUAUUACAAUAAAAUCUUGGGAAUUUUUCCAAGCUCAUACUGACCA